AUGGUUCGUUUGAAAAGUCGAUAUAUACUAUUCGAAAUCGUAUAUCCGACUGGCACUGAUAGCAUUACUUCGAGUUUAGAAACUGGAAAGGACAUAUUUCUACGUCAUCACCAAAUUACACCGCCAGAUAUCUCAAGCAAAACGCUAUUACAAGAGAUAAGGAAGUCCCUUCAACUCAAUUUUGGAGACUAUGGUUUAGGGAAGGUUUCAUCCUUGCUGCAAGUCAAAUAUUUUUCAAACAUGACAUCUACCGGUAUACUGCGAUGUCACCGGGAGGACUGCGAUCUUCUGGUAAUGGCCCUGUUUCUUAUGAAAAAAAUCUCAAAUACAGACAGAGUCAUAGUGAAUCCAAUAAAAGUCAGCGGAACAAUCAAAAAAAUUGAGGAAUACUCUUGCAGGAGAAACCAGAGGCUCUUAUCAAUUAUAAAGCAAGAUUACGAAUGCAGAGUUGAUGAUUUCACCUGUAUUAGUGAAGAUGAAGAGCAAGAGUGA